GAACCAUCUGCUACUGGAUUAAAACCUCUCAGGCUGUCUAGUUUGCUUAAUCCGAGGUCGUCCGUAUCAUCGUCUUCGUCCAUCAUGUCUAAUAUAUUAUCCGAUCAUAUCUUCAACUCGGCUUCACCUCAUUCACCCAAUGUAUCAUCUAGUACUUCGCUAUCGUAUAAUUCACUGGUACCUGCCUUCACCAUGUCCAAGCAUACCCGAGCAUAUUUCCGAGCAUAUUCACAAUACCCUCACACCCGCUCAUCCUAGUUCUUCAUCGUUGUUCGCAUUUACUUCCGCUCCUUCGUCUCUUGUUCAUUCCGCGCGGAGAGAGUCCCAAUUGCACACUGCGCCAGUUCAACAGGCUCCGUCUUGGCGCCUUUCGCGUUACCAAAGGGACUCUUGUGAUGUUAAUCAGCCGCUCCACCCCCAGCCAUGCCAACUGUCAACUCUUAGUUUGGCACGCGACAAUGAAGAGGAUAAUGUCGAUGAAUACAGCCGCACGAUUCGUCGUUCCCUCUCCGGUCUUCCCCCACAAUCUUCAUCCGUUCUCGAAGCUCCAGUUCAUGCGAUAGCGACGCCAAAGCCGACUCUCUUGUUUGCCAUUGCGAGCGACGAUGUCAAUGAAGUGCGACAGGUGCUCGAGAGCGGCGAAGCUGGACCUAACGACCAAGUCGGUCCUCAGUCCGCCCUGGCCUUUACGUUGACCAAUGACAAACUAUCGCACAAGAAUGAGAUUGUCAAGGCCCUGUUAGCAUAUGGCGCAGAUCCAUCGGCAUUGCGGAAUCCAAACUUAAAUCCAUCUGCACAAAUGUCACCGGAGGGAAGUGAUGGUGUUUCGGGCUCACAUUCACAGCCUGAAGAGACAAUGCCAGAAGGAAUGGACCCUGCGACGAGAUACUAUGUUACCAGAGCCGAUUCACCACACACUCGACAAACAUCUCAGCUUAUAUAUCGCUCGUUCUUCCGGCCACUCACAAGAGUUCGAUAUGAUCUCAUUGGUCAAGACUGGGUCUUAGAACAACUUUUUAGGGUGUUGAGUAUGCACUCUCAACGGUUGUCGGUGGCUCCCAUCGUGGUUUUGCUUUGCGGUCCGAGUGGUCAUGGGAAGAGCUUACUGGCCCGUAAAUUUGGAAGUCUCUUAGAUAUUCCCACCCAUACUGUUAACAUGACCACCUUGCGCUCCACGCACGAUCUAUGGCAAUCAUACUCUAUGAGCCCGUAUGAGGAACCUUCCUCAGAUACUUUGGCCCAAUUUCUGCUUAACAACGAAGGCGAGCGAUGCGUAGUUGUACUAGACGAGAUUGAGAAGGUAGAAGAUCCAAAGGCGUUGUACUCUCUUCUCAUGCCUUGGGAGCUCGGCCGCUGUUCCCUUGAAGUGGGAAAACGACAUGUCAAUCUCACGAAAGUGAUCUGGCUUGGAACGUCCAAUAUAGGCCAUAACGUUGUAUUUGAGUACCAUGAUUCCCGACCAGAUCCAAGCAAACCCAUCACUCGAGACGAGUACCGAGAUCUCAUGGAUCUUUCAAGACCUCAUGUCUCGCAAUGCCUCGGAGCUUCACUUUUGUCUCGCGUGACCACCGUGUUGCCAUUUAUUCCCUUCACCUUGGAAGAAAAAAUGGCGAUCGCGGCUGAAGCGGUAUACUCUCUCACUUGCAACGUUGCAAACACCCUGUCCCCUCAAGACGUGGAGGCAAUUGUGAUGAAAGCGCUGCCAAGUUAUGUUCCAUCAGAGGGAGCUCGUUCGUUACAUAGAGCUGUGUCAAAUCAACUGGUGGAUAUGAUCUAGUCUCCUCUACACUUCCUCGACAUUCCUGUGAUUUAUGGUAUUUAGCAUUGUAUUGUUGCAUCUUUGCAUACGCGGUAUAUCCUUCCGUUUGACCAUAUAUGCUAAGUGAGUGGAGUACAUGA